CUCGCUGGCACCUUCUCCUCCUUCCUACGGGACGGAAACGGUGUAGUCCCGCCUCCAACCUUCUCGCCUCGUUUCGUUUCCCCUCUCGCUCGCUCCCCCCCCCCCCCCCACUUUUAAGGUCCGUCUCGCGCUGCGCUGUGGGCCCCGCGGAGUCGGGAUGAGCCGCGCUGCUUCCCCAUGGAGACCAAGCGGGCCGAGAUUCCCAGCGGCGUCCUGGACGACCUGUGCAGUCGAUUUAUUCUGCACAUUCCCAGCGAGGAGCGGGACAAUGCCAUCCGAGUGUGUUUUCAGAUUGAGCUUGCCCAUUGGUUUUACUUGGAUUUCUACAUGCAGAACACACCAGGAUUACCUCAGUGUGGGAUAAGAGAUUUUGCUAAAGCUGUUUUCAGUCAUUGCCCUUUUUUACUGCCUCAAGGUGAAGAUGUGCAGAGGGUUUUAGAUGAAUGGAAAGAGUACAAAAUGGGAGUGCCAACCUAUGGUGCCAUUAUUCUCGAUGAGAGCCUUGAAAAUGUGCUGCUGGUCCAGGGUUAUUUAGCAAAGUCUGGCUGGGGAUUUCCAAAAGGGAAAGUGAAUAAAGAGGAAGCUCCACACGACUGUGCUGCUAGAGAGGUAUUUGAAGAAACUGGUUUUGAUAUAAAAGAUUACAUCAAUAAAGAUGACUAUAUUGAAUUGCGAAUAAAUGAUCAGCUGGCACGCUUGUACAUCAUUCCAGGAAUUCCAAAGGACACAAAAUUUAAUCCCAAAACAAGGAGAGAGAUUCGGAACAUUGAAUGGUUCUCAAUUGACAAAUUGCCUUGCCAUAGAAAUGAUAUGACUCCGAAGUCCAAGUUGGGUUUGGCACCUAACAAGUUUUUCAUGGCCAUUCCCUUCAUCAGACCACUGAGAGACUGGCUUUCUCGACGGUAUGGAGAUUCUUCUGAUAGUGACAAUGGAUUCUCAUCAACUAGUAGUAGCACACCACCUAAACCCAACAUGGAAAAAAUGAGAUCCAAACUCCAUUAUAGCCAGCCAGUGGUUACAGAUGGUCCUUCAGGAGAGCAGUGGACGAAACAAAGGCAGUUGCAGCAACAGAAGCCAUAUAACCAUCAUUUUGAGACGUCUGAUGCAUUAAAACUAAAGAACCCACGUAGCAAUGGUAGAAAGCAAUACCAAGACACUCCCAAUCAAAAGAAGAAAACUAACGGAGUGCAAAGUCAGCCAGCUAAACAGAUCCAAACUUUGAAAUGUGAAAAGAAGUUACAUCCCAGGAGACUUCAAGAUAAUUUUGAAACAGAAGCAGCAUAUGACAUGUGUUGUGUCAAUGAAGACCAGCUCUUAGAACAUGGACAAUCAGGGGCAUGCAAUGGCCACUGCAAAUUCACUUUCUCCUCACGAGCUUUUCUGAGCUUCAAGUUUGACCAUGACGCUAUCAUGAAAAGUUUUGACCUUUGAUGGUUGUUCAUUUGCACAAGUCUGCCACAGACCUGGUGCAAAGUAGCUGAGCAGGUUUCUUAAAUCCAGCCUUUACCCUUUCUCAGGUUUAAAAGCAAUGCAGGGACCUCGUGAUGGGCUGGAAGGCUUCUCAUCGCAAUAUGGGAGUGACACCAUUGCAGUGUUGCACUUUAAAUGCAGUAUAGCUUUUACCUGCAGAGGGGAAAAAAUGCUUUCCAGUGUUUCAUUUGCUAGUUCCUAACUAUGCAUUAGAGGGCAUUUUUUUGCUGUGUGUUUAGAUUUCAGAGAAGUAUUUUAUUUAGCCCUAGUGCUAUACUAACCUCUUAAGUGUUUAGAUUUGCUCUGAUGUACAAUAAUUCUUUGGUUUCCAGUAUGUCACAACAGGGUGGCAACUGGCCUGAAACUUCUGAGGACACACCUGUUUUGUAUUCUGGAUAUAGUUAGACCUUUUAUGACUUUGUAUGCUAAAAGGCAAAUUUCUCCUUUUGCUAGUUCAGGAUCCUCCUCCCUCAGAUCUACUGGCUUUUGAAACUAGUUUCUUCUGUUUGAUUCUCUUUUGCACUGCACCAAGUUUUUUUAAAAGGCAUGUUUUAAAAUGGUAAUGGUAUAAUGAAAAGCUGAAUUCUGCUCAGAGAUUGUCUCCCCCCUCCUCUCCAGUUCCAGUAGGAUUGGGGGGUGGUGUUCAGAUAUGGUAAACCUGGUUUUCUUGGUCUGAUUUUGCUGUUUCUGCCAUUUUGGAAUAACAGCAACUGGUUUGAAUAUGCAGCAUGUUAAAAUGUGGAUUUAGGGGGGGAUAAUUUUACUGUAUAGAAUGUAAACUAGCCUUUUUAAAGUACUGCAAGGAGAGAAUUCAAAGCAUGUUCAGGACAGCACAUGAUAUUCAGCCUGAGUUUUGUUAUGUCAUUGUACUGUUCUAUUCUGUUACAUUUUGACCAAUAUCUUUCUGCUUCAACAUUGAGUUUGGUGUCAACACAAUAGUUGCAACAGUUUUAACAUUUUAACAAUUUUAACAAGAAUGCAGCAAGGAGUGCAAGAGAAAGGCAUUUAAGUUUUUAUUUUAACAAAAUGUACAGAUUGCUUAAUCUAAAAAAAAUCUUGAAUGGUUUACAAAA